AUGAAAAUCACAGUGUCGAUAUUCACCGUAACAUCUAAGAGUAUGACAGUGCGGUGGAGCAGAUACUCAGGAGCCAGUUCCUACAAGAUCACAGUGACCCCCAAGAACUCCCUUGAUGCCUCAGCCUUCACCCAGUUCGGUGCCAACUCUGUGAUGGGCUCCAUCAACUCUCUAACCCCCAACAACAUGUACAUCAUCAAGGCUGAGGCCAUGGAUAACAGCCUGAAUGUUCUGAGCCAGGCUGAAGUUGAAGAGACCACUGCUUCUGAGGUGCCCACCAUCAACAUGGCAACAUCGAAACAGAGUGAGAGCAUGACCGUGGAGUUCACUCAGGUGUCCGGGGCCACUUCCUACAUCCUGCGUGCCGAGACCACCGACCUGUCCUUCUUCUGCGAGACCGUGGUGUCCUCUUCCCCUGGGACCGUGCUCAACCUUCAGGCCUACACCGACUACACUCUCAGUGUCAUGUCCGUCAACAACGGAGGCAGAAGCCAGCCUUCCCUCCCUGUGGUAGCAAAGACAGUGGUUGCUGCGCCCGAGCUCAACUCCACCUCUCCCAGCAAUGACACCAUUGUGGUGGGGUGGGAGCCCGUGGACCACGCUGUCCUGUAUACCAUCAGCAUCAUCAUGGAGGGCUCUGACAGCAGGGUGAAGCUCAACACCACCGACACCAGCGUGACCUUCCCUGGCCUGGAGGCCGGGACAACCUACUGCAUCAAGGGCAACGCCUGGGACCCCGAGAAAAGACAGGGAGACGACUUCACCAUCUGUCAGAUCACACGCCCACGCAUCCCUGGGCUUAUUGAGUUGGAGGUGAGGAUUGUGGGCUCUGAAUAUGGUCUGUCUGUGUCCUGGGCUCCCUCUCAGGGGGCAGGGGAGUACCUGACCUUCAGCUCCGAGGGGCUGAACUGUACCUCUACCAUCGGCGCCUGCACCCUGGCCCCCGUGGGGUGUGGCCAGAGACACACCGUCACCGUGACAGCCAUCAACGAGGGAGGACACAGCAUCCCUUCUGCUCCUGAAGAGAUCAUCACCUUCCCCUGCCCACCAGAACCUCUGCGUGUGGAGGAGACCAAGGCAGGUAAUUGCUCUGUGUCGUGGGACGCCAUACCCUACACCGACACCUACAUGGCCUUCAUCAAGAGGGAUGAUGGUCAGGAGGAGAGGUGCAACACCAGCUCCACCAGCUGUAACUAUCACUGCCAGUGUGGAUACACCUACCUGAUGACUGUGUUUGCCUUCAGCCUGGCUGGAUCCAGCCUACCGGGCCCCGUGCUCAACUACACCACCCUACCCUGUUGUCCCGAGGAUGUGUUAAUCUCCCUGGCCUCCACCGACACCCUGGAGAUCAUGUGGUCAGCGGUGCGAGGGGCGGAGGUGUACGAGACGCGGGCAGUGGAAGGGUCAGAGGUCAUCCUGUGUAACGACACGGCACCAGUGUGCGCUCUCUCCGACCUCACCUGUAACAGCCCCUACAGUGUGGUGGUGAUCCCCUGUAAUGAGAUUAGAGGGUGCAACCACACCUGCAGAGCACACACGAAGGAGACAGCUCCCUGUAUGCCAGAGAUCUUGAGUGUGGCCCAGAUCAACACCACCGGUGUCAACAUCAGCUUUAGUGCGCCCAACAGAGCAGGAACCAACUACAAAGUGAGCGUAGUGGCCCAGGAUGACACACACACCUGCACUUCCAGAGGAACUUCCUGUGAGAUACUUGACUUGCCCUGUGGCGAGGUCUAUGAGGUCAGCGCCAUUGCAACCACCACCGUGGGCGACAGUUUACCCAGUUACACUAUUCCACUGGAAACAGCGCCCUGUUGCCCGGCAACCCUUAACGUUGACCAGGUGACUCAGGCCAUGACCAAUGUCACCUGGUCGAUGGCGAGAGGCACACACACCUACGUGACCUCCCUGACCUCACCGAAAGGCAACGCCCGCUGCCACACCCUGGACACCAACUGCCUGAUGGGAUGCAUCACCUGUGGAACAAACUACACCGUCAGCAUGGAGGCCAUCAGCCGCACUGGACACAAGUCUGAGUGCACCUAUCACGGCUUCUCAUCCAGUGCCUGUUGUCCAUCGGGCGUGAAGCUGUACAGGAUGGCCAACAACACACUGCGUGUAUACUGGCGUUCCACUGGCGGUCUCCAUAACUACACGGCCGAGAUGGUUGGUAGCCAGUCCAACUACACCUGCACCCCUCCCAUCGGGGGUAACACCUGUAAAGUGCCGGAGAUCAUGUGUGGGGACGUCUACAAUGUAGUGGUGGCCCCUCUCACCCAGGACGGAGCCAUGGUCCAGUUCUGCCCCCAGAGGAUGUACUCAGUUUCCUGCUCGGGAAGCAAUGUUGGAAUGGUAAUCUAUCGAGGAAAGAGAAGUCUGGACUAGCAGAUGUUUCCAGUCCCGUAGAUAUCAGGAGGAGCAGAGACAAGAUUCUCAUCCACAUUCCUCCAACAUGUCUACCUAAUCCCCAUGAGGAAGUGAACCUCUCUACAAAAUAUCCCAGCCUAAAUUAUAUUUUUUGGAAGACCUGUUUUUGGGAUGUGCAAAACAUCUACAGUUACUGAUCUGACCAAAUAUACUGAAUUUAAAAACGAAUUCAUCCUGAAUAAGUCGAUUAUUUUUCAUGUAACACUUUUUUGAUUAAGUGUUUUCAUAAUUGUUUUUAAUAAGAAUGACAAAUUCAAUACAUUAAUUUACAUAUGUGUCAGCAAAAUGCAAUAAAAAGUACCUACUACUACUGCUACUUAAAAGAUAAGUAGUUACCAGACUAAAUGUGGAUUAAAUGUAUUAAAGUACAAUCAUGAUAUGUAGUGGGAAAUAAGGAAGUGAAAUGUUCCACAUUUAAAUCUAUAUAAUGAUUGUACAAAGGUUUACUGAAAUGUACAUCAUGCAGAGUAAUUGAAAUGUUUGUUAUUGAAACUGAAACUCAAAUGCCAACUAUCGAUCAUUAACUGGAAAUUUAAAAAACAAAGAUGAACAACAAUUAAUCAUUGAGGUAGAGUAGCCUUUCCUGCAGUCAAAUGACCAAAUUGCCCUCUAGUGGCCUCAUGAGUGGAAUGUUAUUAAUAUUUCCAAUAAAAAAUAGAAGCCGAAAAUCCUGUGUUUCUAUGUCAAAAGGUUUCGUUAUAUUUCAGU